AUGGCGCUUCCCUUCUCUGGGUUCGUUGGCACUGCUUCCCUCUCCCUCUCUCUGUUCCGUCGCUGCUGUCUCCUGUUGUCUCAGCAGCUCCAGGAGCGUGCACACGCACACACACACACACACACACAAUCGUUGACGUUUUGCCACCGAACGAUGGCGUCGUCCGCGACCUCGUCCAGCAGUCCGGAUGACAAGAUUGUGAACCUGCUCGCCAUCGCGCUUCAAAAGAUGGACGACUUCAAGGGCAAGAGUGCGGACGCGAGGCGCUAUGCGUCGCAGGUCGUUGCGGCGGUGCGUGCAAACAACAACACGGAGGAGGAAUUCAGAGACCAGAUCAUUUGCAUUGUCGCCAACGUCAAGAACUUGAGCGGGGAGCUGGGCGCGGGGUCCCAGGAGAGGAAAGCUGGCAUAUCCGCUGCGGAGCUCGCGACAAUGGACGCCAACGCGAUGCGCUCGCAACUGCAGAAGAGAACGAUGGCGGCAACGUUUCGUAAGCGCGCUCGUGAGCAGACCAACGUUGACAAGACUUCCCUGCACUGCACCAAGUGCGGACUGGUGCGUCGCGAUCGACUCAACAUCAACGAGCUUGCCCUCGACUCGGAGGAGAGCGGGUCCCACUUCGACUACAACUUUGACAAUUCCUGUGCCUGCUCUCACUCCAGCGAUGACGAGCGGAGCAGCUCAGGUGAUGAGGAGGACGAUGAAACGGCGAUGUCGAAGGGCAGCUGCGCCACGGCAUCCGACAAGCACAGCGACUAA